UAGACCGAAAGGUGGAAAAAAAGUAUUCGCCUCUAAACCUAGUGGGAUCCGGACUCCAGCACCAACCGUCAAUAAAAAUGCGUUUGACAACGACCCACAAGUGUACAGGAUUCGGAAUCCAGGAGAUUCUGGGCUUGAAUAAGGAGACGCCCGCGGUUACGCGGCGUCCAUUGGAAUCUCUGCCGCACAGGGCGCACCUUCUGGCGGCUAGAUCGGUUUUGGACUCGACGGGAGUCGGGAUUGGGAUGGGAAUUAUUGGUCCAGGAGGAGGAAUUCAUUCGUUUUACAGCCAGCCUGCCUUUCUGGAGGUGUUACAGGAGGCGCAGAGUGUUCACCUUCAGCCACUCAACAGGGCCAGGGCAAUGGGACAGCUUGAUGCGCACCACUCCGCAAGCUGCUCUGAUUCAGAUGACAUAUCCUCCAGUGAAAAGACAUUUUCCAAAUCAUCGAUGAACCAAAACAAGAAGAGAAAGAAGAGACGACACAGGACUAUAUUCACGUCAGAUCAGCUGGAUGAGUUGGAGAAGGCUUUCAACGAGGCCCACUACCCUGAUGUCUACGCCAGAGAGAUGCUCUCCAUGAAGACUGAACUUCCAGAGGACAGGAUACAGGUUUGGUUUCAGAACCGCCGUGCCAAGUGGAGGAAGAGGGAGAAGUGCUGGGGUCGCAGCAGUGUGAUGGCGGAGUACGGCCUGUACGGUGCCAUGGUCCGCCACUCCAUCCCUCUGCCGGAGUCCAUCCUCAAGUCAGCCAAGGACGGUAUUAUGGACUCCUGUGCCCCAUGGCUACUUGGUAUGCACAAGAAGUCCAUAGAUACCCCUGUUCCGACCUCUCCUGUAAAACUGGAAGCUCCCCUCUCCAAACUUCCUGCCAGGGAACGAGAGAGGGAGAGAGUGGUGGAGCGAAAAGUGGAGGAAGAAGAGGAGGAGGAGAGGAGAGAGAAUACCAGAUCGCCCGUAUCCAAAGAGGAACUGCGAGAGAAUAGCAUCGCUGCACUCAGGGCUAAAGCUCUGGAACACAGCGCUAAGAUGCUAGGGACACAUCCUGGUGGCGGACCACUGGGGACAGUUUCAGGGGAUGUACCAGGAGGGCAGAGACAGCCGAUGGAGACAGAGGACAAACAGACAGAAGGACAGUUGAAGCCCGCAGAGAAGAUAGAGCCCAGUCACUGAUAUGAAUGCAUUCUUCUAAAGACUAUGCUAGGGCCUGUUGAUGCCCUCUCUGUAAAGAACACCGUUGACAUAUUCCUGACAUCCAUACUAUUACAAACAAGAUAGUAUUAGUCACAAUACACAUUAUUCUUUCUAGCUAAAUAAGCUUCAUAGUGUUCCUAGGACAACAAUACCGGAUAUUGUCAACCUCCCAAGCUUCCUGUCAUUGGGAUUCAUUUUGUCCAGAUCAAAUUUUCAGUCGUGGGAAUUCCAACUCAGUAAACUGGUACAACUAUACCCUGGCCUAUAACUGUCUACUUUGUUGUAAUCUGGCAGCUAUUUGGCAGCUUGCUAUUGUACAACUUUAAGAAGACUUAACUAUUUGGUGACAUGGGAUCAGUCUUUACAUAUGUACUGGCCCAUAUUUUUUUGCUCCAAGGUAAUAGUCAAACCACACAAGGUGAAAGAUACAUGUUAUGCAGUGGAAUAAUGUGAAAAUCAAGAGACUCAUGUUGAUGAGGAUGCAUGAACAUUUUUACACAAAAUAACCUAUCCCUUUGAAAUGGACACCUGCUCGUCUAACAUCUCAUUGCAAAAUCAUGGGCAUUAAUAUGGAGUUGGUCCCCCACUUUGCUGAUACAACAGCCUCCACUCUUCUGGGAAGGCUUUCCGCUAGAUGUUGGAACAUUGCUGCUAUAACAGCCUCCUCUUAUCUGGGAAGGCUUUCCACUAGAUGUUGGAACAUUGCUGCUAUAACAGCCUCCUCUCUUCUGGGAAGGCUUUCCACUAGAUGUUGGAACAUUGCUGCUAUAACAGCCUCGUCUCUUCUGGGAAGGCUUUCCACUAGAUGUUGGAACAUUGCUGCUAUAACAGCCUCCACUCUUCUGGGAAGGCUUUCCACUAGAUGUUGGAACAUUGCUGCUAUAAUAGCCUCCUCUCUUCUGGGAAGGCUUUCCACUAGAUGUUGGAACAUUGCUGUGGGCAUUUGCUUCCAUUCAGCCACAAGAGCAUUAGUGAAGGUUGGACACUGAUGUUGAGCGAUUAAGCCUGGCUCACAGUUGCUGUUCCAGUUCAUAUCCCAGAGGUGUUCGAUGGGGUUGAGGUCAGGACUCUGUGCAGACCAGUCAAGUUCUUCCACACCGAUCUCGACAAGCCAUUUCUGUAUGGACCUCGCUUUUGUGCACGUGGUCAUUGUCAUGCUGAAACAGGAAAGGGCCUUCCCCAAACUGUUGCCACAAAGUUGGAAGCACAGAAUCGUCUAGAAUGUUAUUGUAUGCUCUAGCGUUAAGAUUUCCCUUCACUGGAAUCAAGGGUCCAGCACGAAUAAUGAAAACAGCCCCAGACCAUUAUUCCUCCUCCACCAAACUUUACAGUUGGCACUAUGCAUUGGGGCAGUUAAGGUUCUCCUGGCAUCUGCCAAACCCAGAUUUGUCCGUCGGACUGCUAGAUGGUGAAGUGUGAUUCAUCACUCCAGAGAACGCGUUUCCACUGCUCCAGAGUCCAAUAACGAUGAGCUUUACACCACUCCAGCCGACGCUUGGCAUUGUGCAUGGUGAUCUUAGGCUUGUGUGAGGCAGCUCGGCCAUAGAAACCCAUUUCAUGAAGCUCCCGAUGAACAGUUCUUGUGCUGACGUUGCUUCCAGAGGCAGUUUGGAACUCGGGAGUGAGUGUUGCAACCGAGGACAAACAAUUUUUACGCACUACGCGCUUCAGCACUCUGCGAUCCCGUUCUGUAAGCUUGUGCGGCCUACCACUUUGCGGUUGAGCCGUUGUUGCUCCUAGAUGUUUCCACUUCACAAUAACAGCACCUACAGUUGACCGGGGCAGCUCCAGCAGGGCAGAAAUUUGACGAACUGACUUGUUGGAAAAGUGGCAUCCAAUGAAAGUGCCACAUUGAAAAUCACUGAGCUCUUCAGUACGGAACAUUUUACUGCCAAUUUUUCUCUAUGGAGAGAUUGCAUGGCUGUGUGCUCGAUUUUAUACACCUGUCAGCAAUGGGUGUGGCUGAAAUAGCCGAAUCCACUAAAUUGAAGGGGUGUCCACAUACUUUUGUAUAUAUGGUGUGUGGUGGAUUUCAUCUUACCUAUGAUAGAAAUAUUAGAAUUAUGACAUAUAGCUACAUUAAUGUAGUUAGAAAUCAACAAGCUGUGUUUUUUUUUUGUCUAUGUGUUCUGUAUAUUUAAACUGUAAUAAAAGUGUUAUUGCUAUUCA